AUGGUCUACACAGGCCAAGGCCUGAGGAAGAAAACCCAAGAUGAGGUGAAAGUGAUGCAGCAAAUAUGCGGGGGACAGAACCACUGUGUAUACAAGGGACUGCUCCAGACAGAAGAGCAAUUCCAGUUCAAGUCUCAGCGCCACAUAGGUUUCCCCUUCAGCGCUACCUUCUACGUGAACGGCAUCAUGGCGGGCCGCAUCAGCUCCUGUUGUGAGUACCGCUACACGCCCGGCGCCCUGCAGGGCAAGAAGAGCUGCUUCAUGCUGACACGCCUCGCUGGAGGGAAGCCCUGCUACAGGUGUGUGAACGCUAGGCACGUCGACACACCACAACCCCCAAAACUUCCCCCAAAGCCUCCUCGACCACCCACCCCGAAAGCUGACGUACCAGAGUCCUGCCCCUCCUCCCCUCUGUUUGUGGCCAUGGGGACCGAGAGAGCUGAGAGGGUGCUGAGAGGGUUGAGAGCGCCCUCUAAAGGCAGAAACUACACAUCGUCAGACAGCGACGGGCUCACCAACAACAAGAGGAGACUGAGGCCAAAAGCCAAGCGGCGCAAAGACCCCAGCUUCGUGAGGUGGGAGGACAGCGAAGGCUCGGAGGACUCUGCGGUCAACAUGGACGAAAACACCCCAGAGAACCAGCAGCUGGUGCGAGUGAACGGGUCAUUUGUUCCCGAGAAUGACCCUCAUAUUGCUGAGCGACAGCAAGAGGAUGGACUUAGGAACGCGGAUGGAGCUCUCCAGCAUGAGAGGGCUAUGAUAAAUACAGAGGACAGAAAGGCACAGAGGAUGGAGAGGGACUCGCCCCGCAAAGGCAGAGCUGGAGAGAGAGACUUCUUUGAGGAAGUCAUGGAACUCAGCUCGAGCCUCGAGAAUUUUUCAAACAAAAAGAUCUGGUUUAAAGUACACAAGCAGGAGCGCAUUGCGGUGCAGGAGCGUAUGUCUAAAGGCCCCGGUGAGGGGGCGUCAGCCUCAGAGGUGGAGCUGAGUGGGGAGAGUGAAAGCGGAGAUGCUGCUGAUGACCACAUGGAUUUAGGUCGCAAGAAGACAACUGUACUUGGAGAGGGAAUCAGUAUAGAGGAGCUACAAAAACAGCUGGGUGCCGUGGCGGAUGUGCUGAAGGCGUCGGACGAGGUGGACGAACUGGUGCUGCGGAACACGGGCAUGACGGACGAGCUGCUGCGGAGCCUGGUGGACUCCCUGAAGCAGAGCCGCUCCACCGUCAGCACCAUCAACCUCAACCUGAACCUCAUCAGCCCCGCGGGGGCACACAGCCUGCUGGAGCUGCUGUACAGCAAGCCACAGCUCAAGGGCCUCUACUUGUUCGGGAACAGGUUGGGGGACUCUGGAGUGCAAAUGCUGUUGACAGGCCUGGCCGACCUACAAACAAGCCCAAACAAAGGAGCCAGCCCAGGGGAGCCAACCCCGCAGCAGCACACCACCCAGCCCCAGCUCACCCAGCCCCAGGCAGCGCCGGGAGCCAUGUCCUUACCUCCUGCUCCUCCUCCUGUUCCUGCCCCGCAUCCAGCUCCGCCAUCUGUGCCCUUGAGCCUGGUAGAGCUGGACCUGGGUGGAAACGGCAUAGGUCGGGACGGCCUUCAGGUCCUUGCCACCUACAUGCGGUACCACUCCCAGCUGCGCUACCUGGCCCUGGGCAAGACCAGCGCUCCAGACCUCACCACCUGGAGCGUGUUCUUCACGAGUCUGAAGGCCAACGCCAGGCUGGUUCACGUCAUGCUGGACGAGUGCGGGCUUGGGGACCAGGGCGCCAAGCUGGUGGCCGAGACGCUGAGGGCCAACGUGGGGAUUAAGAAAGUGGAUCUGGACGGCAACGGCAUCGGGGACGUCGGAGGAGCGGCCAUCUUGGACGCCCUGGUGAGCAGGAAGCAGAGUCCCAUGGAGCACCUGAGCAUGGAGGAGGGGAACCACGUCAGCACGGCCAUCAUGUCGAAGAUCUUACAGGAGAUCGUCAAAGCAAGCAGUGUACCUGCUGCUGAUGCUGCACCUCCCAAUGAACCCCCCAGUGAACAACAGCCUGCUAGUGAGCCAGUGGAGCCACAGCCCAGCCCUCCACCACCACCUCCACCACCAUCACCUCCGCCCAAAGAUGGGAAGAAGAAAGACAAGUCGAAAAAAGAAGAGAAAAAGGAAAAAUCAAAAAAGGAAGAGAAAAAAGAAAAGUCGAAAAAAGAGGACAAGAAGCGGGACGAAAAAAGAAAGGAUAAAAAAGACGAGAAGAAGCAUGAGGAAAAAAGCAAGCACAAAAAGAAAAAGAAAUAAUUUGUGCUCUGUAAAUGAUGGGUACUCCUUUAGGCAUGCAUUAUACCCAGGGCCACUGACAGCUUUGGCAGGGCCCGGGACAAAUACAACUUAAAGGGCCCCAAACUCAAUGCGUACAAUGUAAUGAGGAUCCAAUUCUGGGCCCCCUCUCUACCUGAGCCCUGGACAAGUGACCCAUUUGCCCCCCUGUGCCGGCUUCCCUGGUAAUACCAGUAGUUUUCUGCUGGUCAUAUCUGCACACUUGGCCACUCGGGGGUCGAAUCUGCAACCUUACAACAAGCCUACAGCAUGGGAAGCAGGUCCAUGAACAACUGAGCUAAAGUCCAAGCUACCGGCUCAAUUUCUAGCACUUCUAUAAUAUGACGUUCUGGAAGGAAGUUUAUGUCUUUGUUCUACCACUGAACGCUGCUUGUUGGCAUCCAUUGCACUAGGACCCCCUUCUGGACUUGGACA